GAUUCGCGAAACUGCCUCUCGUCCCCUCUCGCUCCACCCCGCACCCGAACAACCCUACGCACACGGUCGAGCUGUUGCGGCUCUGCGCGUGCAUUUAUUUUUUUUUUUUUUUGUUUUCCGUUCGGCGCAGCCAAUGGCGAGCUUGGCUUUUCCGCGCGGGUCUUUUUCCUUUUUGAUGAUAGAAAGUUAUUUAAGAAGCAAGUUGCAGAGUCGAGCAGGUAUUAUUUUGCAAAAUACAUGCGAAAUCGCGCUGGAAUUUUUACAGACGCGCGAGCGCCUGUAGCUUGACAGCCUCCGAAUUAGGAGCUACAUUUUGAGUUCUGCUUUGCAGCACGUUCAAGUUGGUAGUGUUUUAUGUACUGCCAGCAGUGUGUACACACAACUCAUCAGUUGGCUAUUACCGGCUCGUCCACCAAAGCACGUGGAUAUAUUUUUUUAAUAAAUAUAAGACAGUUCAAAGUUGUCAUCGAUCAUGCCUUCCGUGCAAGCAACGUCGAUUAAAGAACAACUGCGAAACAGAGAGGAUGGCAGAAAACACGACGAAUUUCGAAAGAUGUCCAUCAAGUUGGGAGUUGUUACUCAAGUCAAAGGUUCCGCGUACAUCGAGAUGGGAGAUACAAAAGUUAUUUGCUCGGUUCAUCCACCUCGUGAAAUUCACAACAAAGUGAGCUUCAGCCCAGAGGGUGAACUCUUUGUAGAGUUCAAAUAUGCAUUAUUCGCUACAGCUAAUAAAAGAGAUGCUCAACUGGAGAAGGAAGAACAAAACUACUCUUCAAUUCUGAAGAGAGCAUUGGAACCAGCAGUGUGCAGGAAUGAAUUUCCUAACUUUCAAAUAGAUAUUUAUGUUAGAGUUCUUGAUAACAAUGGAUCAGCCCUAGCAGCUGCAAUCAUGGCAGCGAGUCUUGCUUUAGCCAAUGCCAGUGUACCUAUGAAGGGAAUCGUUACUGCAGUCACUGCUGGUAUACACGACGAUUUGGUAUUGUACGAUUUAACUGUGGAGGAAGAGAAACUCUGCUCUACCAAAGUGUCAAAAGAGAAUCUUGAUCGUGGAAUAAUAAUGCAAGCGAUGUUGUCCCAAUACAAUCAGAUCACAGAGCCAUUUUUCUUUGGCAACUUGGACUGCGAUGUUCUGUGCGACACCAUGGAAGCGCUGCAAAAAGCUUCUGAAAAUAUUCACUUGCUGCUUCAAGAAACUCUAUUAAAAUACGUGAACAAAGCGUUGGAACAAGACAGAGAAUCCGAGAGUGUAAAUAAAAAGCUGGAGGCUAUGGAUGUAAAUAAUACAGAGAAGGAACCUAAAAAAUAAUUGGCCAAUUGUAAAUUUCUUGUACAAAUAAAAAUGAUUUAUAUUUAUUUAAUCA